UCCCAUGGGGAAUCGCGCUGCGACUACCAUCCAUCAGAGGAGAGCCCCAGCUAGUACCUCCUUUUGUUCCCGGCCUAUCUGAGCGGUUCACCCCCCCUACUUCAUCCCCGUCGCUGUGACGGACAGGGCAUAACAAGUCCAUCGCGGCAUGUCCAACAGCAAUCCCUGCCAGGUGGAGCUUGGGAUGCUUCUUGUAUCGUAAACGGCGAUUGUGCUUCAAAUCAUUGGAACCCAGCGACAGGCGGAAGAACGCAACACUGGCUGGACUUUCGAAGCAAUCUCUGUUCAUUCAUCACCCGCCAAGCUUUCGACCAACAGCCAAACAUGGCGACCUACGGCUACGGGUCUGGCUACUCGGACCGGCACCACGUGCCCACCGUGCAGGAGUACCGCGAUGUAGAGGUAGCACGCGAGCGCGCAGCGACCAAGACCAACUCGUUCGCCAACCUGCCUAAAACCGCAGCAGACGAGCAAGCAGUGCCCGCUAGUCAUCACAGCCAGCACGGCCAGCCUGCACCGCCGCUCACGACGCACUCGGAUGUCACCAAAGGCGAUGAUGGGCUCAGGCAGAGGCACUCGCGCGCCAAAGGGGACGAAGAGGGCGACAACAAGACCGAUGAUGAUGACAGCGCUACGAUGACCGAUCUGGACAAUCUGGACAAGAUCCCCCGCGAAGACGAACCAAACGGUGCCGAUGGCGGACAAAAGGAAAAGGACCGCCUCAAGGCGGCUGCAGGUCCCAAGGACAAGCCCGCACAUUUCAAGGCCAAGGGGACCAGGAAAGUCCGCGAUCCAACAACGGGGGGCGAGGUGAUCAUCCGCGAUGCAGGCAAACACACCAAGAUUGACCCGAAGAAGCUCGACUCGCAUUACCCGGGCGGUUUCUCCACGAACUUUGUCGAUCCACAGAGCGACUGGCAGUCGAGCAAGUUCACUGCGCCGAACCCGACACAGCCGAGCAAUGUGCUGCUGUACCCGUUCCCGCCAGCGGUCGAGUCGACGGGGCUGAAGCAGCUGCGCAGGACGUUCGACAGCCUCGCUCUCGCGCUCGCCACCAGCCUGCUGUUCACAUGGCUUCUCGUCGCGUUUGGCGCAGGCUGGGUGCACUUCUUUCUGCGCACGGCCGUGCUCACCACCAUCUGUGUCGGCGGCUGCAGCGCUCUCGGAGUCGCGGGCCGCCGCGUCGAGAAGGACAUCGAGGACGUGCGGAUGCACAUGCACCGCGCGCGAGGCGAGGCAUUCAGCCCGCCGAUGCCCGAGAGCGUCGAAUGGCUCAACGCGGCCAUCGCGACGUUCUGGAAGCAGAUCGACCCCGCCACGUUCGUUCCCAUCGCCGAUCAGGUGGAGGACGUGAUGCAGCAGAGCCUCCCCGGCUUUAUCGACGCCGUCAAAGUCGACGACCUCGGCAUCGGCACAAACGCGUUCCGCUUCAUCGCCAUCCGCGGCCUCAGCGACCUCAUGACCGACAAAGAGUAUCCGCGCGAAGAAUGGAUCACACAGAGUAAAAGGGGGCAGGAAGACGGCAUCUGCAGCAGCGGCAGCAAUGGCCAUACUGAAGAGCAAGACACCACUCCCGGCGACCUCGUCGAUGUAGAUAAAGACGGCGUCGCCGAUGCCGACGAGUCAGGCGACUUCCUCAACUACGAAAUCAGCUUUAGCUACAGCGCCCGUCCCGGCGCGUCCCGCUCCGACAACAUCCAUCUCAUGAUCGAGUUUUACCUCGGCGCCUAUGACCUGUUCCAAAUCCCGUUUCCGGUCUGGGUGCAGAUCGAGCACAUCUCCGGCACGGUGCGCCUGCGCUGCCAGGUCAUCUCUGAGGCGCCGUACAUCCGCAACCUGACGUUCAGCCUGAUGGGCGUGCCACGCGUUGAGGUGUCGGUUGUGCCGAUGCUCAAGGCGCUGCCGAACGUGCUGGACCUGCCGCUGAUCAGCGGCUUUGUGCAAAGCUCGAUCGCCGCGGCGGCCAACGAGUAUGUCGCGCCGAAGAGCAUGACACUCAACAUGGCGCAGAUGCUCGCGGGCGGCGGCGUCAAGAAGGACACGGACGCCAUCGGCGUGAUUGCUGUGCAGAUAUCGCAUGCCGAGAACCUCAGCGCGCAGGACGCAAACGGAAAAUCGGACCCGUAUAUAAUCGCCUCGCUCGCCAAGUUUGGCAGGCCGCUCUACUCGUCGCGAAUCAUCUUCGAGGACCUGAACCCGGUGUGGAACGAGACAUGCUUUGUGCUCAUCACCAAAGACGACAUCAAGGCCGACGAAAAGCUCUCGCUGCAACUUUGGGACUCAGACAAGCGCACCGCCGACGACAUCAUCGGCCGCGUCUCCAAGGACGUCGCCGAGCUCGUCAAGAACCCCAACAAGUUCCAAGAAUGCAAGGACAAGCUGAUGGGUUUCGAAGACGCCGACUCGAUGCAGGGCUGUCUGCACUACAAGGUUGGCUUCUUCGAGAAGGCAUCUUUCAACAAGGCCCUGAUGGAAUCGGGCAAGAAGGAGGACAUGGAGAAGGUCAAGGCUGGCGCGGCCGAUUCACAAGUGGAUAUUGACGCGCUGCAUUGCCCACCCGACCCACAGUGGCCAUGCGGCAUCCUCAGCGUGCUUGUUGAACAUAUCGACGGACUCGAGAACCGCGACGUCGAGAAGGGAUACAUGGGCAAGGCCAGGGAGGGCACUGCCGGCCAGGACAUCGAUAAUGAGGAAGGCCAGAAGAAGCUGCCGUGCUCGUACUGCGAAAUCAUCCUCAACGAUGACAUCGUCUACAAGACUAGGGUCAAGCAGUACACGAAUGCACCCUUCUUCAACGCUGGUCGUGAAAUUUUUGUGCGCGACUGGACCGAGACGCGCGUGGCGAUUUGUGUCCGCGAUGCGCGCCUGCGCGAACACGACCCUAUCAUGGGCAUCGUCGCGAUCCCCCUCAAGGAACUGUUCAAGGAUUCAAGCCAACUCUCGCGCAGCUUUAGUCUCUCGGACGGUGUCGCAUUCGGCAAGAUCCAUCUCUCGUUCGUUUUCCGUAGCGUGCAGAUGAAGCUUCCUAGGGCGCUACUCGGCAGCGACACGGCAACCGUCGAGCUGCUCUCGCCCAUCACUAUCAAGCCUGCCUCGCCCGAGUGGGAGUCCAAGCUGGCUGGAAAGAAGAUCGUCGUGUCCACCGGCGACACCACGCAGAAGAUUGACACGAAGAACCAGGAUGUGGAUGCGGUAAUUCGCCUACCGGUCUACGACCGCUUCUCCUCUUCCCUCGCGUUCGACAUUGGCCCAAGCGCGUCCUUCGGCCCGCUCGGCGGCAAGCCUGAUGCUAUUGCUGCCCAGUGGCUCUGCGACAUUGUCGAUAACGAGCAGACCGAUCUCGAGAUCCCCAUCCUUGUCGGCCCCAACUUAGGUACGCUCAAGCGCAACUACAUCAGCGAAGAGACACACAAGAACCACAAGUACGAAAUCGUUGGCAAGCUGUGUGUGCGCAUCAUGGUCGAUCCUGGCCUCGAUCUCGACCACGAGAAGCUCGCCGUCGGCCAGACGGAUCGUCACGAAUUUGAGGUUUUCAAUCGCCUUGAGGGGAUGCCGAAGCGUGCAGAGAUCAACUCGCAUGCGAACCACGAUGGCGUCAUCGACCGAAACGAAAAGAAGGAGGUCAACAAGGCCAAGUCAGAAGCGCUGCACGCCCGCCACCGCGGCUCGUACGGCUACCAAGUUGUGCGCACGUCGGUCUGGGCGAAAGAUGGCCUCAAGACACGCGCGCGUAACCUCUCGCUCAAACUCAAGGGCAAGAAGGACCGCGAUCAGACGGUGGCUAGCGAGACAUAGCUGUGCUUCUGACGGAGCAUGCACAGCCUCACAUGGCGCUUUCAGGCUCAGUUCCGACUCCAAUUUGAAUCAUUCAAGCCGCAUUUCGCAUGUGUGUCCAUUCAACCUGCAUUAUCGCAAUUGUCUUGCCACCACCCUCAUUAUCGCAUUG